AUGGAGUGCCUGGCGAGGGCCCCGUCUACCUUCACUGCCUUCUUUUUCCGCAGUCAUGUACCUGCGUGUUCUGACCCGUGUGCUUCCAAGUUGCAUCUGCAGCAGCAAGGAGCGUCGCUUUGCCCCACGACUCUCACCACCGAUAAGAACACCGCCCCGGGUUCAUCAAACAAGGCCCUUGUGCCGGUGGGCGGAGCAGUCGUGACCGUGGCGGUGUUGGAGGGGUUCGGAAUCGGGUUCCCAUCCAACCUCCGCCCGUUCGAUUCUCUCACUGCUCUCGUCGGUCGCGGGAAAAGCACCAGCAGCGGCAUCGCCGAUUCCUCCUCCGGCUCUGCCACUGCUGCAGCCACCGCUGCAUCUGCUGCAUCUUCUGUUCCUCUCUCCGUCUCCUCUCCGGCGGCCCCUACAGCCACGGUCCAUUCACCUGCUUCGUCGCGCGCUGCUACCACCACAACAGGCGCUUUUGCCGGCCAUCACGGUAGCAGCAGUCGGGUCACCACGGGGACGGCUAUCUCGUCGUCCCCUUUCGCCGGCUUGUCCCCGCCUUCCACUCGCGUGACGUCGUCGCUUCUGGUGUCGUUUCUUGUGAAUUACUCUGUGCUCGUGUCCGACUGGUGGCAGUUCAAGCACACCGCGAGGGACCGACUCCUCGCGUGCGUCGGCUCCCGCUGGCCCCUCGCCGCCGUCGUUGCGCACACCUCCGACCCCGUCAAGUUCUUCCGCCAGCCGUUCCGAGGCCUGGGAUGGGGCGGUGGCUCGUUGCAAGUCGGUAAAGAGGGGUCCGAAACGGAAGGAGAAGAUGGCGAGGUGAGCGACGGCGCGGAUGGAUCGGUUUCCCCCUCAGGGAGCGAGUCCGACGGGGAGCCGCGCGUGAACGAGCGCAAGUGGUUCGGGCUGUUGGGGGGGCGAUCUGCGCGCGGUGACGGUGAAGACGACGGCCCGGAGGGCAGGGCGGAGGAGGAAACGGAGGACGGCGGGCGGGGGGAGUUGGCGUCGGUGAUGCGCGACGACCUGGACCCCAGCAUGGUGUGGGGGCAGCGGCGCAUGGACCUGGACGCCGAGAACUCGCGCCGCGAGUUCCUGGGCAAGCCCGGCUUCAGCUUCUCAGCCGCGGGGCUGCUCUUCCCGUACCACCUGGGUGUCACCCACUUCCUCGAGCAGAAUGGCUACAUCACGGAGCACACGCCGUUGGCGGGGUCGUCGGCGGGAGCCCUGGUGUGUGCGACGAUUGCAUCGGGAGUGGAUUCCCGCACGGCGCUGCGCCUCACAAAGCAUCUCUCCGCGGACUGCCGCGCCAACGGCACGGCCUUCCGCCUCGGGAAGCUGCUGCGCGCCGUGCUGGAGGAGAUACUUCCGCUCAACGCGCACCUCUGCUGCAACGGCCGCAUCCGAGUGGCGGUGACGCAGGUGUUCGGCAGUCCGCGCGGCGUGCUGGUGGACCAGUUCGACUCGCGCGAGGACCUCAUCGACGCGCUCAUCACCUCCUCCUUCGUGCCCGGAUACUUGGAGCCCCGCCCCGCCACUCGCUUUCGCAACCGCCUCUGCAUCGAUGGUGGCCUCUCUCACUUCAUGCCGCCCACCGCCAGUGACGAAACGGUGCGCAUCUGCGCCUUCCCGGCAUCAGCGCUGGGGCUGAGCGGCAUUGGCAUCUCACCGGACCUGAACCCGCGGGAGUCGUGGAGCAUGCGCCAGCUCUUCUCCUGGGCGCUGGAGCCCGCCGAGGACGACUUUCUGGACGAGCUCUUUGACUGUGGCUACCAGGACGCUCAGUCGUGGGCGCACGGCUAUGAGGCUGCCAAGAGCCUCGAGAGGGCCAUGCCUCUGCAGCAGCUGGACGCUCAUGACCUGCUCUCGCUCUCGCUGCCGCUUUCUGGUUCUGCAGCGGGUGAUGCGAUGCAGGGAGGCAUGCUGAAUGCCGGUAAUGGUGCAGCUGCAGCUUUGGAAGUGGCCGUGGGUGGCAAGAGGAGUUGA